AUGCUGUGCCCUGUGUGCUUUGAAAACAAGUCGAUUGCUGACUUUCCAGAAGGUCCAUUAACAGAGAAUUGUGCCCAUCAUAAUUACUGCUUCAAAUGCCUCACACUAUGUAUUAACUCUCAACUUCGGGAUGUCGCUGUAGAUAGGCCUCUAUGUCCUGAAUGUAAAGGGCAGUUAACACACGCGAUAGUUAAAUCCCUUGGAGAUGGGGAUUUAUUUGCUCAGUAUAGGAGACGAGCAAUGGAAAAGCUUUUUUCUAAUAUGGACAAUUUUGUUUGGUGUCCCCUUGGUUGUGGAAAGGGGCAAAUACAUCACCCGGGAGAAAUAUCGCCUAUGGUUUUCUGCCUCAGAGAUAAGCGAUAUUUCUGCUUUCGCCAUGGGACCGUCUGGCACCGCGAUUUAACCUGUGAGCAAUACGAUGCCUUCCUUGCCGACCCCCAGAGCUUCAGCCGCAAAAAACGAAGACAAGAAAUUCAACAGCAUAAAGAUAGGUUAAGAGCAGAAGAGGCCGCAACAGCCCGUGUUAUAAAACAUUGCCCAAAAUGCACUGUUGAAAUCUUCAAGGAUGGCGGCUGGUGA